AGCCUGAACCCAGAAAUGCGCAGGGGAUUUGUGGAUGCCUUUCUGGUCCUCAAGAAAAAACUGGAGCCCUACAGGACAGUGAACCUGCUGCUAGACAACAUGAAAGUUUUCCUCCUGGUUGUGUGCUUGGCAGUAUGCGGCUUGGCUCAGAGACCUCAACCAUGCGAUUCCCCACCACUGCUGUCUGGUUCCCUCACUGUGAUCACCCAAAGCGAGAGCCUGGUGGCGUUUGUGAAUUACACCUAUGAUGGAAUACAAGAACGCAUUCGCCUGCAAGAGUUUGGACUCUCUGGCAAUGAAACCUUCCUCUUUGACUUCCUCCUGCUCUACAAACAACGUAUCAUGUACCAGAUUAACAACGAGAACCAAACAUGCUUCAAGAAACGUCUGGGUACCAGUUUCUACAGUCUGAGUGUCCCAAAGAAUGCCUCUUUUCAGGGUCAUGCUGUGCUGGGCAGCUCCUCUUUCCCUGGAGAGGGAGUCCAGAUCAACACCUGGGAAGGAGAGGUGCACACAAAGGAUGGAAUAGCCAAGUACAUAAAAACCGUCACCCAAACUGGCUGUAUCCCUAUCACCACACUGUAUUUGACUCCCCAGGAUGAAUGGGUGGUGACCAG